AUGACGAAGGCAAUUGCAAAUAGAUUGAAAUCCACUCUCCCUAUUACUAUCUCCCCCAUCCAACUUGCCUUUGUAAAAGGAAGGCAAAUCACGGACGUCAUCCUUAUGGCUAAUGAAGCUGUGGAUUUCUGGCUUACAAGUAAGACCAAAGGGUACAUCCUAAAACUCGACAUUAAAAAAGCUUUCGACAAAGUUAGAUGGGAUUUCAUUGACUACAUGCUUAAGGUGAAAAACUACCCUUUAAAAUGGAGAAGCUGGAUCAAGGCAUAUGAUAUCCUAGUUUUCAUAGAGGAUGACAACAGAGUUAUCAAAAGCUUACAGAAAGCUAUUUUCCUCUCUGAAGCCGCUUCAGGAUUAACAAUCAACAGAAGCAAAUCUUCGAUUACUCUUGUCAAUAUCCCCACUAACAAAUCAGCUGAAGUAGCAAAUCUUUGGAACUUUCCUACUAGAUCUUUUCCUAUAGAAUACCUUGGAGUUCCUUUGGGGGGGAAACCAAACUCUAAAGGUUUCUGGAUAAACAUUGUUGACGAAAUACAAAAGAAACUAAAUGGAUGGAAGUACUCUUAA